GGCGAGAGGUUCGAUUUUUAGCUUCUCUCUCUCUCUCUCUCGCUCGCUCAGGAGAGUCGCGAUUCCACAACGUGAACUAGAGAAGCGUAGAAUUGAUUGCUCUGAUUUUUUGGCGCCCUUUUUCAUUUCCUGCUCUCCUGAACACUUCAAGCGGAGAGCGACUAUUUGUAAUAUUUCACUUAUCGUGAAAGCAAAAUCAAAUACGUUCAGCUGAAAAUCAGAACUUUUUGAUGGCUCAUUCUGCUAGCAACACCGUGGGUGUGGAUAAUACCCACAGAAGAAAAUGGAACAGAGAGGAGUAUUUGGAGCGAGCUCGUGAACGCGAGUUGCAGGAAGAAGAAGGCCAUUUUAAGCAGAAAGCAAAGGCUCCUCCUGUGCAAAGAAAACCGCUGAAACACAGGGACUAUGAAGUUGACCUGGAUUCUCGUUUGGGGAAGACUCAGGUUGUCACUCCUGUUGCACCCCUAAGUCAGCAGGCAGGGUAUUAUUGUGAUGUUUGUGAAUGCAUAGUAAAGGAUUCUGCAAAUUUCUUGGAUCACAUCAAUGGAAAGAAACACCAACGUGCACUAGGAAUGUCAAUGCGGGUAGAACGUGCUUCUCUUCAACAGGUUCAGGAAAGAUUUGAAUCCCUCAAGAAACGGAAAAUUGGAGGAAGCUUUACUGAGCAAGAUUUGGAUGCUAGAAUAUUGAAACAACAGCAAGAGGAAGAAGAAAGAAAGAGGGAACGCAGGGAAAGGAAGAAGGAAAAGAAAAAGGAAAAGGCUGCAGAGGAUGAACCUGAAGAGGAUGCGGAUAUUGCAGCUAUGAUGGGAUUUGGUGGCUUCCGGUCAUCUAAGAAAUCGUAAAAGUUACCAGAUUGUGAAGUCGCAAUGCUGUAAUAUUGAACUUGUUGAAAUCAAUUUUUGUUAUUUGAAAAAAAAUAUUCCUCGUUUGGAAAGGUUGUGUUGAUUAGUAAUAGAAAAGUUGUCAGCCUA